AUGGCAACAAAAAAAAAAGAAAGAUAUCAUAAAACGGGAAAGUCAAACAGAAAAAAUUAUUUUAAUUUAUCUGACUAUGAAAAUUCUAUUAAUAUUUUAAAAGUUUUUGACAAUGGUAAAUAUACUAGCAAUAUUAAUGCUUUAAAAGAUAAUGAAUUGGAAAUAAACUUUGAAGUUAAUAAGUCCUAUAGUGAUGAAGAAAAAAAUAGAAAUAUAAAAUUUCGUAAAAGUUUAUUUUCUGAAAUAAAUAAAGCCAGCAAAGAAAGAUUACAAAAACUCAAUAUUGAGAAAGAUAAAAUAAAAUGGAAUAAUAUAGAAUUAAUUGAACUUCAUAAAAAAAAAGAAAAUGAUGAAAAUUAUAUUUAUUCUAAGGGAGAUCCUUGUAAAUUUAAAAAAAAUAAAUGUAAAAAAAAAAUAGAUGUAAGUAACUUAAAUAAUGAACAUAAAAUAAAAGAAAAAGUAAAUAAAGAGUAUAAUGCAAGUGAGCUAUGGAAUUAUUUAAACUUUAUACACAAGUCAGAAGACAGUAGAUUAAAAUACAAAAUAGAAGAAAUAAUUGAAAAAAAAAAUAGAAAAGAUGAAGAAAAGAAUACUAGCAAAAAACAUAUAUUUAAUGAAAUAAAUGAUAAAAGUUUAAAAAAAGAAAAGAAAUUUAAUUAUGAUGAAUACAAAAAUAUUAUUAAAUAUAUAUUACCAAGUAUGGCUAAUGGUAAAAUAAAAUAUUCAUGGCUUGUUUUAAAAAAUAAUUUAAAAUGCCAGAAUGAAGAAAUAAAUUAUAAUGAGUUUUUUAAUUUCAUAAAUGAAAAAUGUGGGAAUGAUGAAAGUGAAUAUGUAAAUAAAAUUGUAUGCAGUAAAUUAAAAAAUAAAAUAUUAAAACAUAAUUUUACCCCUUCCGAUGUUCAACUGAAAACAAUUAAUUAUGUUGAUAAUAUUAGGUCUAAAGCAUCAGAAUUUUCUCGAGAUUUUAAGGAAUUAAUAACAGAAAAAGAAUUGGAAGAUUUAUUUAAAGAUAAAGAAAAAAUAAAAAAAGAAGAAUUAGAGAAGCAUAUUAUAGAUAUUAUUGGCAAAAAAACGAAGGAUACAAAGUAUAAAGAAAUAGAUAAAACAAUUUCAAAUAAAGAGGAACUAAAAGAAUUAGAAAAAAAAAAUUUUAAGAGAAAAGAAGGUUUAACAAAUUUUAAUAUAAAAGCAUAUAUCUCUACUUUAUUAACAAAUAAAAAUGAUGAAGUAUUUGUAAAACAUUUCAUAGAAAAUUUGAAUAUUGAUUAUGAUUCAUUAAAUAAUAAAAAUAUAAAUAUAAAAGAUGCUUAUGAUUUUUAUUCAAGAAAUAUUCCCCCUACAGAAAAUAUUGAUGAAUCUUACACUAACGAAUUAAAUGAAGAAGAAAUAAAAAGAGCUAAAUUUUUAAUUGAAGAAAUAGAUUAUUCAGUUCGAAAUAACUUUAAGCCAAAUUACGUAAGCGCAAACUCUGAUAAAAAAGAUUCUAAAAAAUCCUAUUUAUCACUUUAUGAAAUUUUUAAACAUUUAGAUAUAGAUAAAGAUAGUUAUAUAACUAGAGAGGAUUUAGAUAAAUGUUUCAACAAAUUGAAAAUGAAAAAUGUAAAUAAUAAAGAUGUAAAUAUACUUUUAAAAUAUAUAGAUACACAAAGAAAAGGAUAUAUAAACAUAAAUGAUUUUUUAAGAAAUUAUCAAAUUGAAGAAAAAUCAAUGAUAAAUUGGAUAAAAAACACAAACAAACCUUAUUUUGAAUUUAUAAAAAAUUUAAAGCAAACAAGUAGCCGCGAAAGAUGUAUUAGUGAAAAUAUUCUAAAUAAUAAAAAUGCUACUAAUGCUAAAAAAUAUGAAGAUGUAGUAAAUAGUUACAACUUAGAAUUAGAUAAAUAUUGCCCUUCAUAUGUCAUAAGAGAAAGAAUUCGUGAUAAUUUCAUGGCAAAAAAAGAAGAUUUCUUGGAUAAGCACAUAAAAGCUGCUAGAUUUCAUUUAACAGGAUAUAAAAAUACAAGCAAUUUAACAGAGCCAGUGCAAAAUUCAGACUUAUAUAUGAAUGAUUCUUUAAGGUUUAGAACGACUUACAAUUUAAACUAUACUUAA